ACUCGUGCCCGAGGCUCAAUACACUUAGCUGAGUCCGUAACGUGGAGACGAGAAGGGGCUCGGACUGCGCGGGCGGGAGCACAGUGCAAGGAAAUGGCCUGCAUCUUAAAGAGAGUUCCCAUCGUUGCUGUCAGUUCUGUUUCAAUAUUUUUUUUCCUGAUUGUUGUUCGUCUUUUAAACGAAGCCAGCUUUCUCAAACUACUGUCUUGUUUUGGCCAAAAAAGCUCCAGAUGUGUUCCUAUAUCUGACAUGCAGAGACGACCACUCACAUAUCAUGAUGGCUACAUUAAUGUAAAAACGCAUGAACCUCUGCAACUAGACUGCGGUCUUUGUGCAGUUAUUUCAAAUUCAGGACAGAUGAGUGGUCAGAGAGUUGGUGAUGAAAUUGAUCAAUCUUCUUGCAUCUGGAGAAUGAACAAUGCCCCCACAAAAGGAUAUACUGAAGAUGUGGGGAAGCGUACUACAGUUCGGGUGGUGUCUCACACCAGUGUGCCUCUUCUGCUCAAGGACCCAGAUUAUUUCUUCAAGGAGACCAACAACACCAUCUAUGUUAUAUGGGGUCCUUUCCGAAAUAUGCGGAAUGAUGGGAAAGGAAUUAUUUAUAAUAUGUUAAAGAGAACUGCUGAAAGUUAUAGUGGCGCAAAAAUAUACAUAACAACAGAGGUACGGAUGAAACAUUGUGACCAUAUCUUUAAAGAAGAAACUGGAAGAGAUAGGGUUCAAUCUGGGUCCUAUCUCAGCACUGGCUGGUUCACCCUAAUUCUUGCAAUGGAUGCCUGCUAUGGAAUUCAUGUGUAUGGAAUGAUAAAUGACACUUAUUGCAAGACCAAUGGCUUUAGAAAAGUCCCUUACCAUUAUUAUGAGCCAGGAAGGUACGAAUGUGAUGAAUAUUUCCUGCACGAGAAUGCACCAUAUGGAGGUCACAGGUUUAUCACUGAAAAACGAGUAUUUGCAAAGUGGGCAAAGCAACGCAAUAUAACCUUCACGCAUCCCGACUGGUCUCUGUCUUGAUUUUGCUUGCACCAGUGCUUUCAUGUCAGGAAAUGAAAAGGCAAUUAAACAUAAGGAGCCCAGGAAGAAAAGCAAGUCUACUGUAAAACAAAAUAACAUUUCAAGAAGAGUCUUUCUGACCACAUGCUGUUUGUACGCUGCACUUCAUUUUUUUAUAGAACAUAUUAUUUUAAAGACAAACAUGAGUGAACAAAGUACACAAGAUAUAUGAUCAGUGGCUGUUUUAGUUACAUUUAUAUUAGUCUGUUCCUUAUAAUCCACAUCCAUAUUGAUUUCCUUUAUACCUGGUAAUAACUGAGCAAAAUUGAUUGUACUACACAAAGUAAUAACUUGUGGAAAGUUUGCCCAAAGUCUAAUAACCUACACCAGCCAAUCAGCAAGUAGUCUUUACGUGUCAGUUUAAAAUCAGGCAUCCGAUUGUCUAUUACCAGACUUUGCAAAUGUUUGGCAGUAAUAUGUGCAUUAUAUAGGACCUAAAGACUUAUAGGAGAUAGUACAACUAAGGAUGGCAAAACAAAACGGGUCAAAUUCGCCCAAGCCUAAUUACAACUUAAAAUGGCUGAUAUCCCCUUGUUUUACCUGAGUUCAAUGAGUUGGCCUUGUGGUGAACACACUUCAGUUCUUGAGCUAAACAGGGCAAAGAGAGAAAGCUACUCCAUUUUUAGUACCUGCAAUUUAGAUAUAUAGAUUACCAGUUUACCAGCAGUUUUACAUUAGGUUAUAAUCUACCCUAUGGCGCCGAUUUAUCAGAAGUCUAGUUUUCGUUUUUAUAGCGAUUCAAGAAAAAACACAAGGGAAAAAUGCUAAACUUUGAAUUGUCGGGAUUUAUUAAAGAAUGAACCUUUGAAAAGUCGCCAGAGAAAAUUCACCAAGUAAAAGCUGGUGAGGUUCAAUAGAAGUCAAUGGGAAUUGUCUCUAACAGCUUUAAUUAUAUAUUUAUUUUCCCAGUAAAACAGUCAAUGUUUUAUAGCCUUGUUGAAAUUGAAUGGAGCAAUAUGAUCUCGCUGGUGUUCAACUUGUAUCUGAGAAUAAAUGCACCCAGGAAUAUUUUGUUCUUAAAUAAGCGAGCAUUCGAGAAAAAAAAGUCACAAAGUAUUUUCUGCCGUGUUUGGUUUUAUUCUUGACCUUGAAAACUAGUAAAUUGGCCUCUAUAUGUCCUCUUUGAGUCAGCCAACAAGUAACAAGCAAAAAGCAGGCCAUUAACUGAGUAAUGUAAUAAAAGUCAUGAACAAAAAUAGAAUAAAAUGUUGAGUUGUAAACAAUCUGGAGUGAGGUGCAGAGUGCAGUGCUGGUGAGCACAAGGCAGCCCUGUCCUUAACACCUGAAUCACACGCAAGUUAGGAGAUGGGUUGUAUGGGACUAAAUGCCUCUCCCAACCUGCCCCCAUAUAUACAAUUGGAAAGUGAAGGCACCCCAACAUGCUGCCACAGGCACACAGGACAGGAAAGAGUGACAGCUUGUAGCUGGGCUUUGCACUUUGUACAUGGCACUCUUCACCCAUUUUUCGAAAUAAAAUUGAUGUCUGUAAAAGUAAUUAUCAAAAAAAAUGCAAGUUUUUAAUAAUUUAAGCAAGUUUCAAAUAAUGAGCUAUAUGCAAUUGUAAUUUGCUAUGUAAUACUGUCUGAAUGUUGCUUUUAGAUUUUUGGAGUUUUCAGCAGUUUAUGACAUUCAUUACAUCCCCCAGUAGUUUAUUUCAUAUUCUUGUGUCUUUCUUCUCCUAUAAAAUUCAUUUUUUUUUGCUUUAAAAAAGACUGAACCACAAGCAAUGCUAUGUAAUAAAGCUCCUCCGAUCAACAACUGAUUUCCAACCUGUGGCCACUUUACAUAUAAAUCAGAUCCUCAUACUGUCUGCUGAGUGCAAUAAAUUCAUUAGAUGCACAAUAAUAUUAUCCUGAAUGUGAAGCUCAUGCCAGACUGCGGCACUGUAAGAACAAAACUCUGUAACUCAUUACUGUGAGAAAUACGCCUUGAAUGUCAGCACUGCUAAGCCGAGGGCAGUGGAGGAAUACUUGACAAAAUAUGCUUUAAAGCUAUAGAUUCCCUUCUGCCUAGGCUUCAGACUAAGAACAUUUAUAUGUUGUUUUGUUUUUUUAUAAAGCAUGGGAAAAUCGAAACAAUAUUUUUAUAUUUAUAUAUAUUUUUAUGCCAGUGGCUAUUACAAUGAACAUUUUAUACAUAUCUACUUCAUAUACUGAAUACCUCUCUAGUUAGUACGUACUGUUGUGGGUAUAUAUGUAUGUGUCUAAAAUAUGAAAACCAUUGUUACAGUACUGUACUUUAUAUUGUACAUUUUAUGCCAAAAUAUUUGUUAGAAAUGUUAGUCUGAAAUCACGUUCCCUGUGUAUGUAUGCUAUGUAGGAUUUAACAAAUAUAUUUAGUGAUGGUACAAUAGGGUGCGAUGCUGUAGAUUUGCCCCCCUUCUUCACACCUAAAAUGUAAAUUUUUUCAUGUGUUUGAUAGUGUAAAUGUAUUUUUAUGAUUCCAAGAGGCUGAAAUUAAAGGAUUCUUCAGCAUUCAGGGCUUGGUUGUGGGGAUGGCACAUGGAUGCCCCUAGGAACACUCUCUAGCUUGCACAUUAUUCAGAAUGUAUAGCCAAUACUAGGAGCCACAAGGUGGUGAGGAGUCGUGUUCUUACCAAAUACCUGCGGCAGGACUUAUGUACCAGUCUUCCUUGCAACCAACCCUACUUUACUCUGUUCUCUAUGUAGCUUACACCAACAAAUCCACAGACAUUACAUAAAUGGGCCCUACAUUUUUCCUUUAGUUUUUCAGCAUUUAAACCCCUACAAUUUCUAAAUAAAAUUCAAACUUUUGAAUGAAGCAAUUCCUGGAAACGUCAUGCCCAUCAUGCCUAAGGAGAACUAAAGCUUAACUAAAGAAGCAGGCUGGAAAUGUUGUACAUUUUGUUUUGGACUUCCACUUUGGACAAC